AUGAGACAAUCGCAGACGGAACACCGGCAUCGGCACAACCUACAAAUCGUUGAUGUGACGUUCAAUUCCGACAAGUGUGGGGCAACAGAGACGACUUCUGCCUCGAAUCAACCACAUGGAUGGACCUGGAACAAAACUCACAAGGCUGUCAAUAGAGAUACAUCGGAUUCUGACUCCAGUCAGAUCUUCUCGCCGCAUGCCGAGUCCGCUGCUGUCAGGAUGGAGCCCUCGAGCCAACGGCAUCCCGGAUCAAGAGGACUUGACCAAGUGGAAUUUGUAGCACCAGAAGGUUAUGUCCAGCUUUCACCACCUCACUCUCGCAUACCUAGUGCCCUCUUAACAAGUGAAGUGGACGGUGCCCUGGGUAGGUCAUCGAGCAAAGAGGGCGGUUCCAACUUUUACGGUCCCAGCGAAGCUGACGCGAGCCGCUCCGCAGUUCAGGCGCAAGAUGGAGGCUCAGUGUUCUCAAAUGCAGAUGCGGUGGGGGCCUAUCCUGAGUUGACCUCAACGCCCGCCUCGAGACUCUCACUGGACCACAACAGCAUUCACGGAGACCAGUGCCAUUCUGGGUUUACUGCUGCGGGAUUGGAAGCACUGGAUUAUCUGACGUCGUACCCGACAAACGCAGGCCCGCUGCCGUCCACAGCAAAUCAGGACGGGACUCAUCCAUGGGUCUCACAUGCCGGCGACGCUCGUAUACAAGCCUCUUUACCUAUUGAUCAAAUCAUGAUCGAUUCGCCUGACGUUUACGCUAUGUACUAUCCCGAUCCCGUAUAUCAAGAGUUACACGGGCUUCUUCACAGCCACAUCUUGGAAACCGCCAGGAACACGGGAUUCACGCGGCAAGGAACUCCAAACCCCCCUGCUCGAGAGACUUCGCCGACCCGGCAGAGUUCUCCCCCGCUCUCAGAUAGAGACCGGGAAGCUGGGCCCAUGCAAUGCUCUGAAAUGUCAAAUGUCUCCCCGAAGGGCACUAGGAUGACUGUAAGGAGGGAGCUGGAACUUUGGCAAAAUUAUCUUGACGAAGUCGCCGUAUGGCUUGAUAUGUUUGACAACCAGCGUCAUUUUCAGCAUACGUUGCCGAUGAUGGCGAAAACAGCUAGUCAUCUCCGCUACUCAAUCUUGGCUCUCUCAGCGCGCCAAAUGGAGAGGAGAGACCCGAAUAAACCGUAUACCGAGAGCCUUGGUCUCUACCAAGAAGCUAUUCAGCUUAUAGUACGGGAUCUUGCGUCCAUGGACACCGCUGUUAUCGCUUCUUGCGUGCUCUUGUGUGUCCUCGAGAUGAUGAGCUCUUCACCAAAAGACUGGAAACGUCACCUUGAUGGUUCUGCAAUGCUCCUGGAGGCGGCAGGCGUCAAUGGUGUUGUUGGCGGCAUGAGACAAGCACUAUUCUGGUGCUUCGCGAGAAUGGAUGUAUGGGGAGGCUUCCUCUCAGACACUUUCACAAAAAUUCCGACGAAUCGCUGGUUCCUGCCAAGCGGGCCGAUGUCUACGGCUGUAACGCGGUUCAAGAUGGAAUCCAAAGGGUUUGACAGUUACGCCAACUACGCAGUAUUCCUCUGCGCAAGCGUUCUCAAUGUAAUCUCAGGUCAAAGUGGCUCAUCCGCUGAGCAAGGUGAGAAUAACUCAGAGCGAACGGGCUCAUACUCCGCUCGAUGGCGGGCUUUAUAUGAGCUUCUGCAGGACUGGUAUACGAGCCGACCAGAGGAGAUGAAACCUUUAAUGACACAACCCGCCGCGGUUGACGAUCACUGGAACCCGUUUCCGAUAGUUUUGUACGGAAACCUGCCAGCAAUCAACGGUAACCAGCUCUACCACACAUCUGCGCUUCUAAUGCUUCAAGCAAAGCCGAAGGACGUUCGAUUGAGCAAAAACCAUAAAUCUAUCUUGUGGCAUGCUCGCCAGAUCUGCGGUAUCUCCGCCUCAAACUUCAACCACGGGCCUUGGAUCAAUGCCCUCCAGCCACUUUGGAUUGCUGGAAAAGUCAUGUCACACCCGUCCGAACACAGAAAGAUCCUCGAGAUCCUGGCGCGCAUCGAAGCAGAAACAGGAUGGGCAACAUCAUGGCGUGCGGAAGACCUCAAAGAGUACUGGGGAGACAUGGACGGAUGA